GUUGGCGUAUUUAAUAGCGACGAGAAUGGGCAUUUAAAAGACGUUGAAAAAUCAACCGCAGAAUGCGUGGUUGUUGAAAUAUGCGGCUUUGAAGCGGGUGAGGCCGCCGAGAUAUCAGCCAAAUGGAACGUACCCGGGCGUACCCAGGUACGGAGCCGUUUAGCCCGCCACACUUAGGGCACCGGUCAGAUUUGGAAUUUGUCGGCUCGUUUAGUAGCGCUGAGAAUGAGCAUUUAAAAGGCGUUAAAAAAUCAACCGCAGAAUGCGUGGUUGUCAAAAUAUGCGGCUUUGAAGCAGGCCAUCGGUGGGGUGCGCUUCUUACCCACUGUGGGACAGCUUGGCCGCUGAACCCCAAGCACUCCACACCUGAGGAGAAAAGCAACCGUGAGUCCGCCACCUACAAGCCACAUCCCAACACGCCGGAGCUUUUCCUUACACGUUAA